AUGGGAGAGCAGCGCUCCGUCGCCCGGAUGAGCAAGUCUGCCUACCGUCACCCGCUCGCACCCAAGGAUCCAUCGCAGCGCAACGUCACGAUACCGAUACGAGCGAGCCGGGCCGCCGCUUCUGCGUCUUCCUCAUCGGCCUCCGCUGCCCUUUCAGCAGAGGAUCUCAAGAAGCAGGCCCAGAAGGUGCUGCUACUCCAAAUGCAGCAGAAGGUGCUCUGGGAGGGAACAGUCAUCGACGACGUGAAUCACGCGUUGGUGCAGCACUUUCUGAAGCUCAGCACUAACGAUAAGUACCGGCAGGCACGGCAGAUGCUCGUCAUCGGUGGACGGGCUAUGAUCGAGGAGCUGUGCCGCGCCGGGCACCGGCCACGUCACCUGAUGGUAGAGUGCGGCAAGCCCAUCCCGGAGUUUCUCCACGACCGCCGGAAAACGGACGUCGUACUUGUCGACAGGUCUGUCUCGGUUGCCGUCACGCCGGGCUCAGACGGCUACGUUGGUGACUUUGCGAUCCCAACGCCGCCGAUGAAGGAGAAGCUCAUAGCAAAUCAUCAGCGGCUGAACCGUGUCCUUGUCCUCGACAACAUCGAAGACCCUGGUGUGCUCGGCACCCUCCUCCGCACUGCCUCGGGGUAUCAGUACGACGCGAUCAUCGCGACGAAUCACUGCGCUGACCUGUACGACCACCGCGUCGUUCGCGCUGCCCGCGGGGCGCACUUUCAAACCUCCGUCCCAAUCUACACGUUGAAGGAUGAGGACGGCGAUGACGUGUAUGGCUUGCUGAAUCACAUUGUCGAGCGCAACAACCUUCUGCCGCUCUGCUACAUCGCACAGGCAGACGCUGCCGGCGUGGAUGGCGAGACUGCGGGCACGCAGACAGGGUUUGUCUCCUCACCGGAGGCGCCUGUAGGACGCGUCUUUCGGUCUAGCGUGGUGGGGGCGGCGCCCGUGCCUCUUCCGGCACCGCGGCAGUCGGACUCCUCUUACGCGGCAUCGUUGUCGCGCGAACUCGCCAGUGUCUCCCAGGCGAGGGAGGAGCUGCUUUCCGACUUCUGCCUCGACCGUUUCACAGGCGCAUCCAGCGCUGAGGACGAUGCGCGAAGCGGCUACAUUCUCUUUGCCGGCCCGAACCACAAGCGGAACAUGCUUCGUCGCCUGGAAAGGAGCCUGUCGCGGCGAAGCACGCGGCUUCUUCUCGACAGCCUCCCUUCCCCGAGCGAGGCGCCGUCGGAUCUGCUCAUUGCGAUGUCAGUCGUGCUCUAUACCCUCCGUCCGCGGGGCAACUGGGAUUACCUGCCGGUGGACACAAAGCAUGAGCACUCCACGCUGGACUUGCAGGCGAAACACGCCUCAGUGGACAUUGGCGUCAACCGGCUGCGAGUCAGCGUUGAUGACAUCAACCUCGAUGAGGCGGAGCAGCAAGAUCGUGCUCACGAGGCAAAUGAGUUCAUGCGCUGGCGGCGGCUCGCGCGUCGCCGCGGCAGCGACUACGACCAUUGGAUGGCAGCGGAGCAGCGACGGGUGCAGGCAAUGGUGAGACGUGAGCGGCAGCGUCGUGUGGCGCCAUGGAUGCCAUUACGUGACGCCAAGACAAAGCCGAUGCCGGACUGGGUACCAAACAUUAUCGACGAGUACCGCCAGUCGCUUGAUCGAGACGCGCUGGCGCGCGAGCGCGACAUCAGCACCAGCUAUCAACGGCCACCGAGGUGA